UGGUUCCAACGUUAACUGUAACGCAACAGAUUUGGUUAAACAGAAACGUUGAGAAGACGAACAGACGAGGAGUUCGUUCUGCUUCUGGAGUUUAUAUUGUGUUUAGUUUGGCGAGUUUAUUUCUUUUUCGCUCUCCUUAAAAGGAAACAGUUUUUUCUUGACAUUUAUACAGAUCGUACUGUUUUUUUAUUAUUAAAACGCGCGCGCUGAUAUGUGUAUUGACACCAUGACGACAGAACGGAGAAUGCCACGCGAGCGCCGACCGAACUGCUACUGGAGGAGAAGGAAGGCGAUGUACACAAAGGCUAUGGCAGAAGCCGAUGUUCGACAAAACACCGGGAAAUCGCUGAGAAAGUCGGGACGCCGCUCCCGCAGUCUGGCCUGGGAGAAGGAAAAAUCUACACACGCGUUUCCGUCCGGGGCGAUGGCUCCGAGAAACACAACGCAGUACCUAAUGGAGCUGAACUACAGCGACCUGAACAUCAGGGCCCAAACGUCUGGACCAAGCCCCUACCUACAAUCUCACUACGCUGAUGAUGAGGACAGCAUGGACUUUGAGCACCGGGACUUCGAGAGCGUGUUCUUUCACACUGAGAUCGAAACCGACGCCAUUUGGGAAGCCGCCAUCUUGGAAACUAAGCCGCUGAACGCGUUUAAAAUUAAUCGACGCGCAUGCGCAGCGGGAGGCUCGUGGCUCUGCGUCAUGUGGCCCCGCCCAGAGUGUAAGCUAACGCCGCCCACGCCUGCUCAGACACUUGAGUGCACAGGUAAACCUGCUCCACUUCAGGUGUGUGUGUUGUUGUGCUGUAUAUGUUGUGUUCUGUGUGUGAGAGAGUUUUGCAGGUCUGCUGCUCCACCGCUGUGACUCUCAGCUGAGCUUUUCUGAGCAGUGGAGGUCAGAAGGACACAAGGCCGAAAGGCUCCCAGUCUUCAGACCCGGGGUAACAUUCUCUUCUCCUCCUCAUCAGACUCGUGUUCUUCUCUAAUGCACUAUUUUACUUCACUUCGGAGAUGUUUGUAAAGACAAAAAUAUAAAAUCAAUGUUGUGUAUAUUAAUUUUGUGUGGAAAAAAUAUAUGUAUAUUAAAAUUUUGUUAACACUU